GUGGGCUGAGCCCCUGGACACUAUCAAGGUCGCCGCCAAGGGACGGGGAGCCUCCCUGGCAGGCUGGCCGAGGGAGGUCCCAGCUGACCCUAAGCCACUCUCCGAGGGCGACCUGACCGGCAGGGAGUGGACAGCCGGCGCUGGCGGUCCCCAGAACGAGGCUCGCUGUCGCAGUGGCCUUUGUUCCUUGCUCCUGGGCUCUGUCCUUGGCCCAGGGCCUGCUGGGAGCCUUCUGAGGCUCGGGCCGCUGACCCACCCGGAGGCCUCUGCGCCUGGACUUCUGGGGACAAGCGUCCUGCUGUGGAGCAAGAGGAGCCGACGGAGGCGCCCGGGCAUGUGGCCAGCGCCUGGCCAUGGUGGUCACCCAGCUGAACCUGGAGUUCCGCUUUCAGGGCCAGAAGCUGCGAGGCUUCAGCUGUGAGCUCACGCGGUCCCCCCAUGGGGUGUCCCUCGAGACCCCUCUCUCCACGACGUGCCAGGUCACCGUGCCCAUCCUGCUGUCGGGCCUGGGCAUGAUGGCCGCGGGCCUGGUGAUGAACGCCGUCCAGCACUGGCCCGUGUUCCUGGAGGUGAAGGACCUGUUGACGUUGGUGCCACCCCUCGUAGGGCUGAAGGGGAACCUGGAAAUGACGCUGGCCUCGCGGCUCUCCACCGCCGCCAACACUGGGCAGAUCGACAGCCCCCGGGAGAGACACCGCGUCAUCAGCAGCAACCUCGCCCUGGUCCAGUUGCAGGCCACCGUCGUGGGGCUCCUGGCUGCCGUGGCCGCCCUGCUGCUGGGCGCUGUGACGAGGGAGGAGGUGGCCGUAGCCCAGGUGGCCCUGCUGUGCGCCAGCAGCGUCAUCACCGCCUUCCUGGCGGCCUUCGCCCUCGGGGUGCUCAUGGCCUGCAUAGUGAUCGGCGCCCGGAGGCUGGGCGUCAACCCCGACAACAUCGCCACGCCCAUCGCGGCCAGCCUGGGGGACCUCAUCACGCUGUCCAUCCUGGCCGUGGUCAGCAGCUUCUUCUAUAAGCACACAGACAGCUGGCUCCUGGCCCCGCUGGUCUGCCUGGGCUUCGUGGCCCUGACCCCGCUGUGGGUCGUCCUCGCCAAGCGGAACCCGCCCAUCGCCAGGGUGCUGAAGUUCGGGUGGGUCCCCAUCAUCCUGGCCAUGGUCAUCAGCAGCUUCGGGGGACUCAUCCUGAGCAGGACGCUCUCGGAGCAGCAGUACCGCGGCAUGGCCGUGCUCACCCCCGUCAUAUGCGUCUCAGCUGCCCAGUGGCUUCCCGUGUCCCGCAGGCGUCGGUGGCAACCUGGUGGCCAUCCAGAGCAGCCGGAUCUCCACCUACCUGCACGUCCGCAGCACGCCCGGGGUGCUGCCCCUGCCCAUGAAGGGCUCCUGUCCCCGGCCCUGGGCCACCUUCUGCAGCCCAGAGAUCAACUCCACGUCGGCCCGCGUGCUGCUGCUGCUGGUGGUGCCCGGCCACCUGCUCUUCUUCUACGUCAUCCGCCUGGUGGAGGGGCCGGCGGUGGCCAGCAGCAGGACCUUCGUGCUGCUGUACCUGCUGGCUGGCCUGGUCCAGGUGGUGGUGCUCCUGUACCUGGCGGAGGUGGCGGUGCGGCUGACGUGGCACCGGGGCCUGGACCCCGACAACCACUGCAUCCCCUACCUCACGGGGCUGGGGGACCUGCUGGGCACCGGGCUCCUGGCGCUCUGCUUCCUCGCCGACUGGUCACUCGCGGGCGGGGCGGCGCCGGGCGGCGGCUCCGCGUGGACCCCCGGCCCCCCCUGACGGCGCCCGGGCGGCGGGACGCUGGCUGUCCCCUGCGGGAUCCUCAGCGGUCACUCGCCCGCCCGGCAGCGGCCUCCGCCGCGGAGCCGCGCGCACCGCCCCUUUGGACGCCAGAGACGGACUCUUGAGGCCCGGAGCCUCCUGUGCGCGUGCGCGGAGCUGCCGGCCCCCGAGUGCCGGAGUGCGCACGCGCGGGGCGGGGCCGGGCUCGCAGCUGCGCAGGGGGCCGGCGUCGGUCCCCAGGCCUUCGCCGGUUCCUCGUUCUGGUCUUUUUAAAAAUUUUCUUUAGUUGUA